AUGUCAGCACGACACCAAAAACGAUCUCGAGCCAGCGACGCCGCCGAUAAACCAUCGCAACCGAUCGAGGAGCGAAAACGGCGCCGGACUUCGGAUGUCAACAAUUCUCAGAGCCAGAAAAAGACAAAAGGCCCGAGCCCUGCACAAGAGGCCCCGGUGGGCGAUGCCUCGUCAUUGGCAGUCGAGAAACACAAGAGUAGUGCACCAUGGUCAUUCUCACGCCCAGUCGGCGGUCGUUACAGAAAUGUGAACACCGUGAUGACUCUUGAUGAAGCUCAUCUCUUCAUUGGACUCGAUACUGCUGUCCAAGUCUUUGCGACUUCGACAUCUCGUCUGGUGCGAACCUUGCAGAUGGAGGCUGGACAAAAUGUGAUUGGAUACAAGAUCUGCCCCGUUGAACAGGAGAUCCUCUACAUCUUCACUUCUAACUUUGUCACCAAAUGGCACUGGGAUUCUGGAAAGCGACUUGCUAAGUGGGGAACUGGCUCCCGGGCCGUUGCAGUGGAUGUGCCACAGGUCGAGAACCAGAAUCAAUUGGCCGCAUACUCUAUUGGAAUCCAAAAGGACGGAAAGAGACAAAUUUUGAUCAAUGCUUUGACCGACAAAAAGUCCCCUAGCAUCGUUGCUCUCACCACCGAAGAGCAGAUCAACAAUAUCCAAGUUAUCUGUGGGGGACGAGUCAUUAUUGCCUGUGAUGGCCCUCAUAUCUUCAUGGGUACCACAACAACCCUCGAUCUCGAGAACCCCGAGACUGUACAAUAUAACUGGAGAGAAGCGACGCUUCCAUCAUCUGCCACUUGUUUCCACCUGCGUCAAAGUCUAUCCGCAAAGAGCAAGGGCACAGAAUCCAAGUCUGCUAAAGGUUCAGAGGCUGUUGACUUGGUGGUGGGCGAAGCCACUGGAUCCAUUUUGGUCUACCAAGACGUUUUCAACACUCUAUUUGGACGCAAUGCAGAGAAGAAAUCAUCCCCACAGAGGUUACACUGGCACCGUGGCUCUGUCAAUACUGUGAAAUGGUCGAGAGAUGGUAAUUACAUCCUCUCAGGUGGAAAUGAGUCCGUCAUCGUUUUAUGGCAAUUGGAUUCUGGCCGAAAACAAUUCCUGCCCCAUCUGUCAUCCCCGAUUCUCAACAUCACCGUCUCACCGCAAGGCACUUCUUAUGUGGUGCAUCUGGCUGACAACUCGGUCAUGGUUCUGUCUGCGAGAGAGCUGCUGCCCACCGCCACUGUGACUGGUCUGCAGCUUAGCUCGGAGGGAGGCAACACCAAGGACUCUGCCUCCAAAAAGCCAUUGAACGCUGUUGCAGCCCUUCACCCGCAACACCCAGAGCAGCUACUUGUCGCUGUCCCCGCCUCGCACCAAACCACCCAGAAGGCCCAGCGCUCCAACGCUGCCAUGUUGCAAACAUUCGACAUCAGAUCCAACUCCCACAUUUCCCGCCAGGCCCUUGCGCGAACCAACGCAACAACAUUGAAUGUUGGCCCUGAAGGCUCCACAAUAGCUACACCUGAUAUUCGGAAUAUGGACAUCCUCCAUGACGGAAAAUGGAUGGCGACUGUCGAUAGUUGGACCCCCCACCCCCGGGAUGUCGAGGCUCUUGCUGGCGCUGCUUCCCGCCGAGACAACGUUUUGUCGCGACCCGAAAUCUUCCUCAAGUUCUGGAAAUGGAGCGCAUCUUCUAGUAUGUGGGAACUUGUGUCUCGUAUCGAUGGCCCUCAUUUCAAUGACAACCACCACGCGGAGGUGCUUAGCUUGGUUGCUCGUCCCCAGUCACACGAGUUUGCAACCCUUGGCGCAGAUUCAGUCCUUCGUUUCUGGUGCCCAACUGCUCGCCACCGCAGUGGCCUCAAGACCGAUUCUGAGAAGCAAUUGGAUACAUGGAAAUGCCGUAACACAGUUGACUUGAGCGGUCGUCUCAGCGACGCAGGUGCAUCCUUGAAACAGGCUUGCAUGAGCUUCUCCGAGGACGGCUCAGUUCUCGCGGUCUGCUUGCCUUCCGAGUCUGGAGCAAACGACGGCCUUGUCCUCCUGAUCGAUGUCAACAACUGCACAGUCCACUACCGACGAACUGGCGUCUUCCUCGGCACUCCUUACUCCGCCAAGUUCCUCGGAAGACACCUAGUCGUUGCAUCCGCAGGAUCAGUAGCAGUCUGGGAUACCGUUGAUGAUAUUGUCAAGCCCGCCCAGCUACCUGAAGCCUCCAACGCAGCCAACGCAGCAAGCCAACCCCUUGUUGCAGUCAACCCUCGAACCCAGACAUUCGCCAUUGCUAGUCACGAGCUCGAGAACUCAAGCACACAAAAGAAGCGUCGCCAAUCUCGCUUCCAGAUCCGCAUUUACGACAUAUCCUCCCUGGACAUUGUUUUCCAAGAAACCCUUGGAAGCUGCCCGCUUGCACUUCUGGCAGAUGUAUACUCCGGCGAUUAUAUCAUCGUUGAUGCAGGCUCCAGUGUUCAGCGUGUUGGAUGUCUGGAUAAGGCUUCGCAGAAGACCGUACAGCCGAUCGAGGUCACAAGCCAACUUACUUCGGGAUUGGCUACUAUCUUCAGUCAAGGCCCCGAGAGAGCUCCUUUGGCUAUUGAGGGAGAUGGUUCUGCUAGUCAAAAUAAGGGACUGGCUAGCGUAUUUGGUGAUACUCCUUCGUUCUCGCUGCCUUCUCUUGGUGUUUUAUUCAGGAAUGUUGUUCAAACACUGGGUAGCAGUUAG